AUGUCCGGACGCGGAAAAGGCGGAAAAGGUCUCGGCAAAGGAGGUGCUAAGCGUCAUCGCAAAAUCUUGCGUGAUAAUAUUCAAGGAAUCACUAAGCCAGCUAUCCGCCGUCUUGCUCGCCGUGGUGGGGUUAAGCGCAUCUCUGGAUUGAUUUACGAAGAAACGCGCGGGGUCCUUAAAGUCUUCCUUGAGAACGUGAUUCGUGAUGCUGUUACCUAUACAGAACAUGCCAAAAGGAAGACGGUCACAGCCAUGGAUGUUGUGUAUGCGCUGAAGAGACAAGGCCGUACGCUGUACGGAUUCGGCGGCUAGACACGUUAGAUUUAACCUCUCUAUAUCAAAGGCUCCUCUAGGAGCCACCACAUCUCUCGAAAGUCGUAACCAAUAAAGGUUUCCUGUAUGAAAUGGUAAUCAGUACAUAACACUCAAUAUGUUGCCUGUUAUGUCCCCACUCCCAGAUUCAUCAGAUUUCGGAUUGAACUAACUUUCGACAAAUUGUGACGAAUGAGCGCGACGUCAAAUGCGAGAAACCGUAGCCUUAAUCUGACGAACCCUUUAACUAGCUUUGCCGAUCUUUCUUAUUUUAAAGCUACUGGCAUGCCUUAAUUUUGCUUUUGAUUAGAUCCACAUUGGAAAAAACGAUGAAUAGAUAACUGAAACUGCUACAGCAAGCUGAUGUCUUCGACCGGCAUACAUCAUUUUGAACACCACAUGACAAUCGUAUCGGAUGUUUAUGAAAUAUUCAGACUGAAAGUAUUACCUCUUAAGCGUACCAAUCACUGUUCGAGAUUUUCGAUCCGCAUACUAAUUGAUCCGACGAUUAUUUCGUUUAAAUAAAAAGGUCAUCUAAGCAAACCUCAAUCAAGAUCUCUCAAAAUGGCACCAAAGGUAGCCGGCAAGAAGGGCGAAAAGCGAGCUGGUAAGGCAAAGAGCGCCGCCGAAGGAGGAAAAGGUAAAAGAACUCGGAAGCGGAAGGAAAGCUAUGCCAUUUACAUUUACAAAGUCCUCAAGCAAGUUCACCCAGACACGGGAAUCUCUAGCAAAGCAAUGGGCAUCAUGAACUCUUUCGUGAACGAUAUUUUUGAACGGAUCGCCACAGAAGCUUCAAGACUGGCCCACUAUAACAAGAAAUCGACCAUCAGCUCUCGCGAAAUUCAGACCGCAAUCAGGCUGCUUCUUCCCGGUGAACUGGCUAAACACGCCGUCAGUGAAGGAACCAAAGCCGUAACUAAGUACACGAGCAGCAAGUAA